UGUCCCGAGUCUUUCUGAUCUGGUGACCUUAGCAUAAGAGGAAGAAAGUAAAGUUUGCCUGUGGGUUCAUUCACUGACAUUUUAUUUUGGUCGGUAGGGGAGUUUGAACAGGCAGCAGCAGUUCACCUCGUGAUUAUCUAUCUCACUUCACUUUCACGCGCUGUUGCACCGACUUCAGUCAGCUAUAGCUAAUAAGUGAUCAUGAUGAACACUUUUUUGCUUUUGUUUGCUUUGCUGUCGGCAGCUUCAGCUUUUCACCUGCCGUCUGAACAAGACGAGUUUCACUUCAAGUCAUGGAUGGCACAGCACAACAGAGUGUACAGCACGGAGGAGUACUAUGAGAGACUCCAGAUAUUCACUGAGAACAAGAGGAGGAUUGACAAACACAAUGAAGGAAAUCACACAUUCACAAUGGGGCUGAACCAGUUUUCAGACAUGACAUUUAGUGCAUUUCGAAAAGCUUUCCUCUGGUCUGAGCCACAGAACUGCUCUGCUACCAAGGGGAACUACUUCAGCAGCAACGGACCACAUCCAGACUCCAUUGACUGGAGAAAGAAAGGAAACUAUGUGACAGAUGUUAAGAACCAGGGGAAUUGUGGUAGCUGCUGGACUUUUUCCACCACCGGCUGUCUGGAGUCUGUUACCGCCAUCAGCACUGGCAAGCUUGUACCAUUGUCAGAACAACAGCUGGUUGACUGCGCUCAGGACUUCAACAACCAUGGAUGUAACGGCGGCCUUCCCAGUCAAGCAUUUGAAUACAUUAUGUACAACAAGGGACUGAUGAAAGAGGAGGACUACCCAUACACAGCUUACGAAGAUACUUGUGCAUAUAAACCAGAACUAGCAUCUGCGUUUGUGAAGGAGGUGAUAAACAUAACCGCGUAUGAUGAGAUGGGGAUGGUGGACGCUGUCGCUACACGCAAUCCUGUCAGCUUGGCCUUUGAAGUGACCCCUGACUUCAUGCAUUACUCCAAGGGCGUGUACACCAGCACUAAAUGCCACAAGACCACAGACAAGGUGAACCAUGCUGUGUUAGCAGUUGGGUAUGGACAGGAUAGUGGCACUCCUUACUGGAUAGUAAAGAACUCAUGGGGAUCUGGCUGGGGGAUUGGCGGAUAUUUCCUUAUUGAGCGUGGGAAGAACAUGUGUGGACUUGCUGCCUGCUCUUCUUUCCCAGUGGUGUGAUUUCUGCAUGGUAGCAAACUAUAAAAGGGCUGAAAAGGGAGCAGAGUCCAGAUUUCAUUUUAUAAUCAAGAUUGUUUUUUUUACAUAAUCAGUAUGCUACUGUUCUUCUAUGUACAGUGUGUUUUCUCACAGUGGAGUAAAUCUUAACCUCCAGUGAAACACAAUGAUAGGCUGGAUUAAGUCAUAUUAAUCAAUAAAUUGGAAAUUAUCACUUAAAUUCCAAUCAUUCAAUUCAUUGUAGUUAAAUUAAAAAUGAAAUAUAUUCUAUCUUUUGUUGUUUGA